CGGGGAGGAGCAGACGGCUGGGAGGUGUUCCUCCUGCAGGAUCAAGCCUGCGCCUCCUUCCAUGGCAGGACUUGUGUGUUGGGCGUGCGGAGGGUGCAGAUGCAGAGCAGCACAUCUUGAGAGAGAAACCUGAGAGCUGUUCAGCAUGGAGGGGAGGCAGGGUCUACUCCUCAGCCUCAUCCUGGCAGCGUGUUUCUAUGGCAACGCCGCUCAGAGGACAGAAUGUGCCCAAGCCACAUUGGCUGACAUUGUCUUCCUGGUCGACGGCUCCUCCAGCAUCAGCAUCACUAACUUUGACGCGAUGAAACAGUUCCUCCGAAGCGUGGUCUCAGGCCUGGACAUCGGCCCUGACAAAGUCCGGGUCGGCUUGGCCCAGUACAGCGAUGAACCGUACAAAGAGUUCCUGCUGAAGGACCACAUGAACAAGAACUCCCUGCUAGAUGAGAUCGACAGAUUCCCAUACAGGACAGGAGGCACAGAAACCGGCAAGGCCAUGGAAUUCCUCCGGACGCAGUACUUCACUGCAGAGGCGGGGAGUCGAGCUAGCCAGCGGGUGCCUCAGAUUGCCGUGGUGAUCACAGACGGGGACUCCACGGAUGAUGUGACUCUGCCGGCGCAGGCGCUGAGGAAGCACGGUGUCAUCGUGUUUGGUAUUGGGGUGGGACAGGCCAACCUGAAGGAGCUGCAGUCCAUUGCUAACUGGCCUCCAGAGCGUUUCCUGUCGACCAUCGAGAACUACCAGGCCCUCCUGACUCUCACUGACGGUCUGCUGCGAACCGUGUGCAUCUCUGCAGAGGACCAGAGGCAAGCUUUGGCAGAGAAGUUUGCAGACAUCUUCUUCCUGGUGGACAGCGGCAUGUCAGCAGCUCAGUUCCAGCAGGUUCGGACCCUCAUAACCCGCCUGGUCAAUCAGCUGAACAUUGGAGCAUCCGCAUAUCGCUUUGGACUGGCUCAGUAUGGCCAAGACGUCAAGGUAGAGUUCCUCCUCAACGCCCACCAGACCAAAAGGGAGACCCAGGCUGCCAUUAGGAAUUUUCGCCAGCAGAGGCUGCAAGCGGGUGAAAAAUGCCGACUCGGCUAUGCUCUGCAGUACGCCAGCACCAGCUUCUUCACCAGUGCGGCCGGGAGCCGGGCUGACAAAGGCUUCAGACAGUUCAUGGUGGUUGUUAGUGGAAAAGACUCGGACGAUUCAAUGUACCGAGAGUCACGUGUGAUCAAAUCCUCGGGAAUUACUAUGCUGGCGAUCAGCGCUGGUGCUUCAAAGAGGGAGAUGAGUGUCGUUGGAACGUCACCGUACGUUUACGAGUCCAUCAGUCAGAUCUCGGCACCAGAGCUGAAGGCCAUAUUUGAACGAGAGGAAGUGGAAGCCAUUCCUACUCUGGACUGCAAAAAUGCCAAAUUGGCGGACAUCGUGUUUAUCGUCGAUGAGUCCAGUAGCAUCACGACCCCGAACUUCCAACUGGUUCGUACAUUCCUGCACACCAUCGUGAGCCGCCUGGAGGUCGGCGUAUCAAGAGUCCGAGUGGGAAUCGUGACGUAUAAUGACAGGCCACAGGCACAGGUCCACCUCAACUCCUUCACUGACAAGGAUGAGCUGCUGAGAUUUAUCAAAAUCCUGCCUUACAACGGAGGAGGCACCAACACGGGAGCGGCCCUCAACUACACUAGAGAGAGUGUUUUUAUCACAGCGAAGGGAAGCAGGAAGGACAAAGGUGUCCAGCAGGUGGCGGUGGUGAUCACAGACGGUAAAUCCCAGGACGACGUCAGCAAAGCAGCAGCUGACCUGCGACGCACAGGUGUCACUGUUUACGCAGUUGGAGUCCAAGGUGCUGUUGAGGCCGAGCUGAAGCAGAUAGCGUCUUAUCCCACCAACAAGCACACGUUUAUCGUGGACAGUUUCGCCAAGAUGAAGUCGCUGGAGCAGGUUCUGCAGAAGACCGUGUGUGUCAACAUCAUCCGACAAGCGGUGUCCGUCAAUAAGAAAAAAACAGGCAUCAAAGAAGGCUGCUUUCAGACGGAUGAAGCGGACAUUUUCUUCCUGAUUGAUCACUCGGGGAGCAUCCACCCCCCUGACUUCAGUGACAUGAAGAAGUUUAUCAUCGAGUUUCUGCACACUUUCCGUAUCGGGCCCCAACACGUCCGCGUCGGCGUUGCAAAAUAUGCAAAAGACCCAAACUUAGAGAUCGAUCUGACUGACUACUCAGACACCAAGGCCUUGGAGAACGCUGUGUUGGCCAUAAGGCAAGUAGGAGGCGGCACGAAGACAGGGAAAGCGCUGGAUUUCAUGAGCCCACAGUUCCAGCGGGCAGAGACCACCCGUGGUCACAGAGUCCCUGAGUACCUGUUGGUCAUCACUGAUGGGAAUUCCACCGAUGAUGUCAAGGCUCCUGCAGCGAAGCUGAGGGAUCAGGGGGUCAAGGUGUACGCCAUCGGAGUGAAAGCAGCUGAUCAGGAAGAGCUGAUGGAGAUAGCCGGAGACCCCAGGAGGAUGUUCUUUGUUAAUGACUUUGAUGCUCUGAACCCCAUCAAGGACGACAUCGUCACAGACAUCUGUGCUCCAGACGCUUGCAGAGACCAACCAGGGGACAUUAUUUUCUUGAUUGACAGCUCUGGGAGCAUUGACCCCGACGACUACUCCAAAAUGAAAGACUUCAUGAAAGCCGUUGUAGGAAAGUCCAUCAUUGGGGAGAAUGAUGUGCGUGUUGGCGUCAUGCAGUUCAGCACCAGACAGCAGCCAGAGUUCCAACUCAACGUCCACUACACUCAGGACGGUUUGAUUCGAGCCAUCGAUGGCAUGGUGCAGUUUGACGGUGGUACAUACACGGGUGAAGCCAUCACAGUGGUGUCGCAGUAUUUUGAAGCAGCCCAAGGAGGGCGACCCUACUUGAGACAGAGGCUGGUGGUGAUCACACACAGAGAGGCGCAGGAUGAAGUGAAAAGCCCCGCUGCUGCUCUGAGGGCCAGAGGAGUGGAUAUCUACACCAUUGGAGUGGUGGACGCCAACACCACCCAGCUCCUGGAGAUCAGCGGGUCACCGCACAGGAUGUACGCUGAGCGGGACUUUGACGCUCUGAAGGACCUGGAGAGUGAAGUGGCUCUGGAGCUGUGCGAGCAGAAGGGAGAUUGUAAGAAGACAGAGAUAGCCGACAUCAUCUUCCUGGUGGAAGGCUCCCGGAGCAUCUGGUUAGAAGAUUUUAAAAGCAUGAAGAAGUUUAUGACAUCCCUGGUGAACCAGACCAAUGUUGGCAAAGACAACGUUCGCUUUGGAGCCAUCAUGUUUGGCAACGACCCCCACAAUGUUUUCACCCUGAAGGAGUACCAGUCCAAGCGAGAGGUUCUCAGAGCCAUAGCGGCUCUGAUGUCCCUAGAUGAAAACACAUACACCAGCAAGGCCUUGGAAUUCACUCUGCCGUAUUUUAAUGCUGAACACGGUGGCCGCGCUGAUCUCCACGUGCCUCAGAUUCUGCUGGUGAUCACAGAUGGAGAUGCUACAGAUGCUGUUAAUCUGGUCCCUCCCUCCAAGGCACUACAAGACGCCGGGAUCAACGUGUUCAGUGUUGGUGUGGGAAAACUCAACCAGACACAAUUGAAGAUCAUGGCCGGGAACGACCAGUCCAGAGUUUUUAAUGUGGACAACUUUAAAGCCUUGGAAGGUCUCUACAAGAACAUCUCUCAGGAACUCUGCAACUUUACAGUUUGUGAAAAACGAAAGGCAGACCUGGUCUUCCUCAUGGAUGACUCCGGCAGCAUAAACACCACUGACUUCACCAUCAUGAAGAAUUUCAUUACUUCGGUGGUAAACAGCUUCAAAGUCAGCCAGGAUUUGGUGCAUGUGGGAUGUGCCAAGUUCAGUGACAGCUUCGAGAACAACUUUUUCCUGAAUGAGAUGUUCACCACAGAGGCUGUGACCAAGAAAAUCAUGGAGAUUAAGCAACGUCGAGGAGGCACCAGAAUUGGCGCGGCUUUGCACAGAAUCAAAGAGCACUUUGAGUCGGUACACGGCAGCCGCAGAUCUGAAGGGGUCUCCCAGAAUCUGGUGCUAAUCACAGACGGGGAUUCUGACGACGACGUAGAGGACGUAGCAUACAGUCUCCGGAAAAUGGGGAUCGAUGUGUUCGGCAUCGGGAUCGGAGACGUUCAUGACCUAGAGCUCCUGCAGAUCGUCGGCACACCAGAGAGGUUCUUCACCGUGGAGAACUUUGGCAGCUUAAAAAACAUCAGGGGCGAAGUCGUCAAGACAAUCUGCAAUUCAAAACCACCCAAAGACUGCACAAUUGAAAUCGCCAUGGGGUUUGACAUUUCCCAGCCACGCCGAGCUCCAGGUGAGCUGUUGUUCAGCGGUCACACUAAGCUGCAGAACUUUCUGCCUGAGAUCGCCCACUACGCUUCCACCGUGCACGGCCUAUGCUGCGUUACCUCCGGUCCUGUAAACACCAAAAUUGCCUACCGUGUGGUGAGCCGUGACGGAAGCCUCCUGUACGACACGAGCUUCGAGCCGCACAGUGUCGCCGUGGUGGACAAAGUCAAAGCCUUGACCCGGCAGCCAACGUACUUUGACGUGACCAUGAUGGAAUCUUUCAAGCAGAAGAUGAGCUUAUCUGGAGCUGGGGUGAAGGUCGUGGUGAUCUUCUCUGACGGACUCGAUGCAGACUUGAUGGAAAUGGAGCGACAAUCAGAACUGCUCCGACAGUCUGGUGUGAGCGCCCUGCUGGUCGUAGCUCUGGAGGGAGCUCGGGACCCCGCCCAGCUGCAGAUGGUCGAGUUCGGUCGAGGAUCCGGAUACAGUCUUCCUCUGUCCAUCGGCAUGCCGAGCGUCGGCAGCACCAUCCUGAAGCAGAUCGAUGCUGUGUCUGACAGGGAGUGCUGCAACGUCCUGUGCAAAUGUUCGGGGCACGAAGGCAUCCGAGGUUUACAGGGCAACUCGGGGUUAAAGGGUGUGCCCGGACAAGAAGGUCACCAAGGAUUCCCAGGAGAUGAGGGCCAGGCUGGCGAGCGAGGUUUUCCAGGACCGAGUGGACCUCAGGGCGUCCAGGGCUGCUCCGGGAUCCGAGGACUGAAGGGCUACAGAGGGAUCCGAGGAGACAGGGGUGAGAACGGAAACGACGGGCUGAACGGAGUCAACGGAGAACAGGGAGUGAUGGGACCAGACGGAGGUCGAGGAGACAGAGGACACUCGGGAAACCCGGGUAUCCCAGGUAUCCGAGGAGACCCGGGGCUGAAAGGACAGCGAGGACUGAGAGGAGAUCCGGGUGAACCAGGACCUAAUAACAACGUACCAGGACCUAAAGGAGACCCCGGGAACCCAGGUGUGCCAGGACAACCUGGACCAGAGGGACGGCCCGGUGAGAGCGGAGUCGUUGGAAACCCUGGUCCCAAUGGGAGGAGAGGGCCUCUUGGUGUGAAGGGUCCACCUGGACCAAAAGGAGACCCAGGCAGCCAGGGUAACCCUGGAGCUCCAGGUCCACAGGGUCCAAGAGGAGUCGAAGGACAGCCUGGACCCAUAGGAAUCCCCGGCCUCCCUGGACCUCAGGGUGCUUCAGGAAGACCUGGAGGACCUGGACCCAGAGGGCGCCGCGGACCUAACGGACAGAAGGGUCAGCCUGGAGAUCCAGGUGAUAAAGGAAUUCCAGGACCUCCGGGGCCCAUAGGGAUGCCGGGUCAGGAUGGUAUAGACGGUUAUGGAACUGGAGGAGCCAAAGGAGCAAAGGGAGACGCUGGUUUUCCUGGAUACCCCGGUCUGCCUGGCGAAGACGGCCUGAAAGGAUCUAAAGGAUAUCCAGGACCUAAAGGGAACCAAGGAAGACCCGGGAAUGCAGGCCGCCCAGGAGAGUCCGGUAUACUUGGAGAGCCUGGAAAUCCAGGACACAAGGGUCCCAGAGGUCCUCCAGGAAAAAUGGGCACAGAGUGUGAGCUGAUUACCUACAUCAGAGACAACUGUGCGUGCUCCAUUGGUCAAUCAGAGUGCCCCGUCUUCCCCACCGAGCUGGUGUUUGGCCUGGACAUGUCUGAGGACGUGACCCCAGCAGCCUUUGAGCGUCAGCGCUCUGCCCUCCUCUCCCUGCUGGAGGGCGUUUCCAUCGCCGAGAGUAACUGUCCAACUGGCACUCGUGUGGCCGUGGUGGGAUACAGCAGUUACACCAAGUACCUGAUCCGCUUCCAAGACUACCACCGCAAGGCAGAGCUGAUCAAGUCUGUAAAGAACAUCGCCCUCGAGAGGUCGUCCAACCGCCGCCACCUGGGCACUGCCAUGCGCUUUGUGGGUCAUCAUGUCUUUAAACGUGUCAGAGCGGGGAAGAUGAUGAGGAAGGUGGCCGUCUUCCUUUCUAGCGGGCAAACACAGGAUGACGGCGAUAUCGUGACCGCCAUGAUGGAAUACAGAGGCUUCAACAUCAUCCCAGCUGUCAUCUCUCUGAGGAAUGCGCCUAAAAUUAGUCGGGCGAUGGAGGUCGAUGACUCCAAAAAAGCCAUCUUCACCGUGCUGGGGAGGGACAUGAACACUGACCUGCGGAGGAUCAAGAACUGUGCUAUCUGUUACGACCCUUGCAGCCGUUCAGAGGAGUGCUCGUUCAUCCUGGAGCCAGAGAGGCCUCAGGAGGCCAAUAUGGACCUGGUUUUGGUCCUGGAUGGAUCCAGGGAGAUGAAGGCUGAUGAGUACGCCGGCGCCCAGCACCUCCUGGGGUCCGUGGUGGAGCAGCUGGUCGUGAGCCCUGAUCCCAGCAGAGCCGGUAACCAGGCCCGGGUGGCUUUAAUCCAGCAGGGCGGCGGCCAGGUCAGGGAGGAGUUUGGUCUGCAGAGCUACCAGAGCCAAGAGCUGAUGAGGACUCACCUGACCCAGAGGGUGCAGCAGCUGGGCGGGACCUCGACGCUGGGAAGGACGCUGGAGUACGCUCUGAGGGAGCUGCUCCUGAAGGCCAAAAACGCCCGCAGGAGGAGGGCACUGCUGACCGUGGUGGGCACCCAGACGGCCUACGAGGACCAGGCCAAGCUGCGCUACAUCUCCCAGAAGGCCAAGUGUGAAGGAGUGGCGCUGUUCGUGGUGACGGUGGGCGAGCGCUACAGCCGGACGCAGGUGGAGGAGAUGGCCGGUCUGCCCGUGAACCAGCACCUGGUCCACGUGAGCAGGAUGAACGCCGAGGAGCAGGGCUACUGUCAGCGCUUCUUCAGAGUCUUUACCUCCAUCCUCAACAGGGGAAUUAACCCUUAUCCUCCGCCUUCACUUAAACGAACAUGUGACCAGCUGGAGGAACAAGUCAACGGGCCGAUAUUCAACAGUCCGGGUCAGGCGGGGUUCACAGAGGUCGACGAAGAAGGGGGGCGCUUCCAGGCGCAUACGAGAGGACAGACUCAGCAGACCGGCCAGAUCGACAUCAUCGAUACGCUGAUCAGAGGAGACGGCCAGACAGCGACGUCUACAUCCAAAUUUAACGACGCCUGCUUCCAGCCUCAGGACCAGGGCGGCUGUCAGAACUACACCAUGAUGUGGUUCUUUGACACCGAGCAGAGCGAGUGCUCUCGCUUCUGGUACGGUGGCUGCGGCGGCAACGAGAACCGUUUCAGGACGCAGCGGGAUUGUGAGAGCCUGUGUCUGCUGAAGAGCCGGUGAGGAGGAGGAAGAGGAGGAAGACAUCGCUGGACACCAAACAUGAGAAAAACAGACAUGCAUGCUCAAGAAAAAACACUUCAUCAAACUUCAUCCACAGCUGGCUUAGCUGACGGACAGUUAAACUGAAAUCUGCUCAAACGCCUUCAGGGAAAAAGUUUAACUGAUCCUGAUCAGCUGAUCUUUAAGAGUGUCUGUUCCUGAGCGUGCAUGUUCCUGUUCCUCCCAUACCACUUCAUUUUUACCAAACUUCACCAACACUCAACACCUGAUAAAAAACACUAAAACAUGCUGAACUGUUUGACCACUUCUUUCUUUCCUCACUAAAGGUGCUAUUUUUAUAAAGAGGAUGAGGCUGAACAUGGAUGCUUUUAUUCAGACUCAACAUGAAUGUUUGAAGGAUUCACAAACAGUUACUGUAAACGGCUACGGAGGCUCUUAGGGGACAAAAGCAGGAGAUGGUUUGAGGUGUGCAACAGAAAAUAUUCAACCUGACAUUCCAGAUAGACUGAUUCAUACAUCCAUUACAUAGAUUUAUAUUCACCCUGAAACCUCACAGAGGAGGGCAGGAAUAUAAAAAAAUUCUGUUUAAGCUCUGGUAAAACGUGGAUGUAGCAUCCAAGCUAAAUGCUACAUCAGCAAAAUGAUGAAACUUUCAGCUUAAAACAGCAAUCUUUUUCCGGUUUGUUUACACAUUUUAUUUAAGUGCCUGGUAACAGAAGAAGUUGAAAAGCGGUCCCGUUUUUAAGUCAUAUUUGGGGUUAGGGGGUUAGGGAUAGGUGGUAAGAGUGAGGGGGAUAGAGUAUAAGGGGGUUGGGGGGUUAGGGUCAGGAUAUUAAAGAUAGGUAUUAUGAUUUGGUUUAGGGUGUCAGAUUGGGGGGUUAAGGCAUUGGCAUAAGGGGUUGGAGUUAGGGCAUUAAAGUUAGGGUUAAGGUGUUAGAGUUAGGGUAAGGGCAUUAGAGCAAAGGGGUUGGAGUUGGGUGGCUAGGGUAAGGGAGCGGGGGGUUAGGGUUAGGGUGAUAGAGUAAGCUGGUAAAGGUAUUAGAAUAAAAGGACUGGAUUUGGCUGGUUAAGAGGGUUAGGGUUUUUGGUUGAGGGUUUGGGGGCUAGGGUUUUAGGUAAGGGCAUUAGAGUAAGGGGAUUAGAGUUGGGUGGUAAGGGGCUAAGGUUUUGAUGGGGGGUUAAAGUUAGGGGGUUAGUGUUAAGGCCUGAACAUACUCGAGCGUACUGUGAGCGGAGCGGACUCCGCGCGGAAUGUCCGCAGUCAUCAGAGCUUCCAUAGUCGAGCGCACUGCUGCGUAGUAGUUUCCUGUGAAAUUUCCAUGAAAUCCUACAUAUCCCACAAUCCUUGCGCGUU